AUGUCUGAAAUUUCACAACAAGAUAUAGCAAAAACAAAAACAACAACAACAACAACAACAGCAACAGUAGUAAAUAAUGAGUCAAUUAAAAAAGACUCUACUUCUACUACUUCUGCUACUUCUGCUACUUCUACUACUUCAACUUCAACUUCAAAAUUACCUGCCAUAGAACAAGCUUGUGAUAGUUGUAGAAAACGCAAAUUAAAAUGUUCAAAAGAAUAUCCAAGAUGUUCAAAAUGUAUUCAACAUAAAUGGUGUUGUUCAUAUCUGCCAAGAACCAUUAGAUCUCCAUUGACUAGAGCUCAUUUAACAGAAGUAGAAUCUCAAGUUGAAAAAUUAAAAUCAGUUUUAAAAUUUUUACUACCGAAAAAUUUAGAAAUUAAUGAUGAAUUAUUAAACACUUAUGAAAGUAUAUUAUCUCCAAUUAAAGAAAAAUUAAGACAAGAUGAAGAAAUUGAAGAUGAAAAACCAAAAAUGACUUAUCAAUCAAUUCCAACAACUCCAACUCCAGCUUCAACUCCAACUCCAAUAGACACUACAUCAGAUUUAAAUUUACGACAAGUUCAAUCAAAUCCGGAAACUCCUGAUGAUAUAAAAUUAAAACAAGAUAUUAUAAAUGAUUUUUUGUUAAAUAACAUACCUACAAAUAACAAUCUAGGGAAUUUUUCAUUAAAUUCAAUAAACGAUAAUUCUUCAUUAACUUCACCAAGUUCAUUAUUAUCAUUAACAAAUUAUGAAAAUGAUAAAGAUCACGAAUUAAAUGAUUUGAAUGAGUAUAUUAAUGAUGAUCUUGAAGAUUAUAAUGAACCAAAAUUUAAAAAAAUUAAAUUGGAACAAGACGAUAGUUUUACUUUACCUUCUCAACAAUUAAAUUUAAUGAAUGAUUUAAAUGUUAAUUUUGAUAUGAUUUUUGAUAGUAUUGAUGAACGUAUUAAUGUAUAG